AUGUUUCGAAGAACAAAUCAAACAUUCAAGAAAGCAACAAUGAAUAAAUUCGUAGCAAUUUGUUUAUUAGCAGUGACUUUACAGUUAGUUUCAUGUGACAAUAACUCAACAAUUGCACCACCUACAACACUAAGUGACUUGAUAAAAAAUGAAGUGAGUGAUUAUGUCGAGUUGCCGGCGAAUUCUUCAUCAGUGAAGAAGGAGAAGCCAAGUUAUUCAACUGGUAAUGAAUUGUGGGACAAGCUAAUACGCGAUUGCUUAAAAAAGCCAACAUUUUCGUGUAUCCAAAAGAAUGUUUACACUUAUUUGGAUACGACACUAAACCUAAAUGAUGUCAACGUUACGAAGCAUGUCCAACUGACCCGCAAUCAAGUGGAUUAUAAAUUACCUGAAGUGCCACAAGAUGAAGAAAAUGAAAUUUUCUUCGAAGGUCGAGCCUCGCCAAUUGAAGAAGUUUCAACUGCUUUAUACGACAAAGGGGUCAAGUUUUUAGUCACACAUAACAUGGACGUGAAACUUCCUGAAGUCAUGUUCGAUGGCGCUACAUUCAGAAUCUCACCAAGAUCGAUUGAGGGUAAUGGAAUAAUAGCUAAACUCGAGUACAUCCCAAACACAAAAGUAAUUGAAAGCAGAAGCUCAUCUGGCGAUUCACGAUUGUUUAAAAUUAAAAAGAAGAUCAAGAAGUUUUUUAAGAACAAAAUCUUACUCGCAGUUGUGGCCAUCGUUUUGAUCAUCAAAAUCAUAAAGAUUAAACUUUUCUGGCUGCUUCCAUUGCUGGUUGGAGUUGGAACGGCAAAAAAACUUGUUUUGAAAUUCCUUCUCUUUUUGUUCCCAGCAUUAUCACACGUCUUUAAAUUGUGCGGACAUUAUCAAGCCCAUCAACAUAAGACCAACUACCAUCAUCACAAACACAACAUCAAACAUCUUCAUACGGUCUUGUAUGAUGACCAUCACCAUGGACAUGGUCAUGACGAUGGUAUUCAUCAUAUCAAGGAGUUCAUCCAUUCGAAGCCUCCAAAGGGCCACAUAUCUGAAUAUCUUCACAGUGCUCCCGUUCCGCCUCAUCUGAGUUACCAACCAGAUGACGAUUGGACUUUUAGUGGGCCAGGACUUGGCUCAGAAGCGGAUAAGAAGUCGGCAAUUCAGAAUCAUCUGGGACCAUCAUCGCCAAACUUUAAUGGACAACAUUUAGCUUUUGGAGGGCACCAACCAUCUUAUGGCCCACCACAACAUUCCCCUGGAAUUCCUUAUGGUGUACCACAACAAAGAAUCUCAGGAUCAGCUUCGCAAUUAAAUCCACAAUACAUCAACUCUCCACCAAUCGACAGCAAUUUGAUCAAAGCACAACGUCAAGAGGCUUUGCGAAUACAGAAGGAACAACAGUUAAUUGCCAAGCAACAAUCAAUGCUUAGUAAGCAACCUUUUGUAUCGGAUGUUGAGCCAAUUACACCGAAGUUAAUCGAUCCAUUCUAUAGUCCGAUUCUAAGUAAACUCGAUCAAGUGUUUUAUCAACUUGGAUAUCCCGACGAGCCUUGCAGAGAACGUUUAGUUUGCAACAUGUACAAAACACCAACCAGAUAUAGUCCACAUAGUAAUUACGUAUCAGCUGAACUAAGCCGUGACUCAUCUGAACUUCAAAAACCUGCAGAGACUAAUGUGGCAGUUGUUCGUUUCUACAAAUACGUUCAAGCAGCGAGAGACGGACAAGAACAAACCGAUUGUGCAAGCAUUUAUCCAUGCAAUUUGCCAACGAAAAAGUAAUUCAGGAAGUUUAAGAAACAGUUGUACGAGAAAUAAAAAUGAUUGGGAAAGUUCACAUGCUGGG